AUGAAGAUCAGAGAGAAUGAUCUCAAGUUGAUAAUGGAACAGAUCGUUGAUUUCAAAUCUUUUGAGGUAAAUGUGUAUCCUCUAAAAGAACAUUUUGAAUUUCAAAGAUGGUUACAUUUAUUUGAUAUACUUAAUGGUCCAACCUAUCCCUACUUGGUUAAAGAUUUAUGGGUUAGAGUUGAGGUCUAUGAUGAAGUUGCUACAUCUUUUGAAGAAAAAUGGAAUAUUGUUGAAGACGAAGCUAAUAGAAGGAAAUCAAUAUCUGAGAUAGGUCUGAAACAGUUUAAAGAAGUUAAAAUCAGAUCAGUUGUAAUGGGUGUUGGUGUUACCAUCACUCAAAGGGAUAUUGCCAAGCUGAGUUGUGUAGCUAAUGAAUAA